AUGAGAGGUUCCUUCUUUUGCCUUUUGCUCAAAAUUAAUCAAAAAGUUUUCUCUGAAAAAGGUCCGAAAUCUCAUAAUGGCUACCUCUUUGGUGCAAAAAUUGGUGAAGGGUCGUAUGCAAAAGUGAAGGAAGUCAUUGACGAAACGACAUUAGUACGACGCGCCGUGAAAAUAAUCAAGCACAAUCGGUUACGGAAGAUUCAGAAUGGGCAGGAAAAUGUGGAGCGAGAACUGCGGAUUCUCAAUAAAGUAAAGCAUGAGAAUGUCAUCCGAUUGAUUGAGGUGUUUCGGCGAGAAAACAAGAACAAACUCUAUGUGGUUAUGGAAUUCUGCAUGGGCUCUGUACAACAACUUCUUGAUACAUCCUUUGAAAACAGGCUCUCUGACGCGGAUACUCACCGGUAUUUCGUCGAUUUGAUAAAGGGCCUCGAAUAUCUCCACUCUGUUGGAAUUGUUCACAAGGAUAUCAAACCGGCUAAUCUCUUAGUAUCGUUAGAUUACACACUAAAGAUAUCCGAUUUUGGAGUUGCUGAGGAGUUGUCAUUAUACCAGAAAGACGAUUUAUGUCAAGUAGUACAAGGCACUCCCAAAUUCCAAGCUCCCGAGCUGUGUUGUUAUCAUUUAUGUGACUUUUAUAAUGCUAGUUUGUUCAGCGGUUUUGCGUCGGAUUUAUGGUCCUGUGGUGUUACACUGUACAAUAUGAUCUCAGGGUUGUACCCUUUUGAAGGAGCGGUAAGUAUUAUGGCCAGCGCUUAUCAGAAGCUACGAUUCUAUGAGAUUAAUACUAUUUUCAUAGGUGAUUAUGAUCAGGCCAGGGAAUGCUGCUCUUACCUCAUCAUUACACACUACUUGUUUUUGUUGUCUGAGAAAUUUCCUUUUUUUCUCUGUUUCGACAUUUGCUAUGAGAGAAAUUUAUACUGUUAUGAGUUCUGUUUCGAAAGCGCUGUUCCAGCAGGUCCCUAUAAUUUUUUGCCCACUUAUCUAACAAGGAAGCUUUGUCGGCAUCGCGGUCCCACUUGA